CUCACAUUAUCAUUGCCCGCUCCAGCCGGCAGUAAUAAAAAAAAAAUACAAACCAGGACUGAUUAUCGUCGGCGACGCUGAAUUAAUGGCAACAAAAUCUACUUCACUUUUUCUUCGAGCACUUACUGAGAUAUCCGAGAGUCGCUCCUCCAGUAUUUUGCGGAAAAACUCCAACCAAACCGCCAUCAGACAUUUGAGCUCAUGUGGUGUCUUAGCGACACGAAAUAGCAGCCUAAUGCUGUUUCCUGUGAUGUUACGAUCCGUCCCCAUUCGCAAGUUUAUUAACCUGGCUGCCCCCAUGGUAGCACGAAGAAUGGAGUACUCUGAGAAUAGGACUUUAGGAUACUCUGUAGAGCAGAUAUACAGCAUAGUAGCCAACGUGGACCAGUACCAUCAGUUUGUGCCUUGGUGCAAGAGGUCUAAAGUCAUAAAACAGAGGAAUGGGGAUGUGCAGGCCCAGCUGGAAAUUGGUUUCCCUCCUGUUAUUGAACGUUACGUGUCUGAGGUCUCUGUCAUCCCUAACCACCAAGUCCGGGCCGUGUGUACAGACGGAUCACUCUUUAGCCACCUCGAGACAUUGUGGCGCUUCACACCUGCUUCUGGAAAGAGAGAAGAUUCCUGUAACGUGGAGUUCUAUGUGUCAUUUGAGUUCAAGUCCCUGCUCCACUCUCAUUUAGCUACAGUGUUUUUUGACGAGGUGGUUAAACAAAUGGUGAACGCUUUUGAGAUCCGAGCAGCCAAGCUUUACGGCCGGCCUCAGGGCACCAACAGCAGGACGCAGGCAGCCUGAAAGCACUGCUGUGGAACUUUCUCAGGGAAAAAAGGACUUUCUAGAAGAGAUAUCAAAAUCACAAUCACAGCAUUUUAACUCCAAAGAAGACGGGCACAAAGAUGACUAUUUAUUUUAAUUGCGAUAUUUAAUUUAUUGAAGUGUAAUAUUUUAUAAAUGUUUUAUUUGUGGGUGUGAAGUGAAAUGUGAGUGUGAGUAAAAUUUUAUAAUUUAUUUUUUUAAUUUUUAUAUU